AUGACGAGUCCAAACAACAGGCAAGCCAUAUUCAACUCUGGGUUUUUUUUUUCUUCUGCAAAGAGAGGUUUCAAAUUUCAUCAUUUUUUUUUUGAAGUUAAAAAUCUGUGUUUUUUUGUUGCAGGAACUUGGGUGACUGCAAGUGCACAUAUAAUAACAGCAGUCAUAGGUUCGGGGGUCUUAUCUCUUUCAUGGGCCAUUGCUCAGUUAGGGUGGAUUGCUGGUCCCAUGGCCCUUGUAAUCUUCUCUAUCAUCACUUGGUUUACAUCCACUCUACUAGCUGAUUGUUGCAGGGACCCUGUUUCAGGAAAAAGAUGUAGCUGUUACAUGGAUGCUGUAAAAUCUAAUUUAGGAGGAAUCAGUAACAAGUUUUGUGGAUUAGCACAAUAUGUGAAUCUUGUAGGGAUAACAAUUGGAUAUUCAAUCACUUCAGCUAUUAGUAUGGCGGCAAUAGAAAGAUCAGGUUGCUUUCACAAGGAGGGCCAUAAUGUAAGCUGCCAUGUCAAAAACAACAAGUUUAUGAUCAUCUUUGGCAUCAUAGAGAUCAUAUUAAGCCAAAUCCCAAACUUCCAUGAGCUCUCGUGGCUUUCCGCGGUCGCCGCGGUUAUGUCUUUCGGGUACUCUACCAUUGGCCUCGGCCUCUCGAUAGCCAGAGCUGUAGGAGGGAAUCAGGCUAGAACAAGCUUGACAGGAACAACCGUGGGAGUUGACGUGACCAGCUGGCAGAAGACUUGGAACUGCUUCGAAGCCAUCGGUGACAUCGCCUUCGCUUUUGCUUUCUCCACUGUACUCGUCGAGAUACAGGAUACACUGAAACCAAAUCCACCAGAAAAUGAAUCAAUGAAGAAGGCAACCUUGGUGGGCGUCUCGGUCACCACCGUAUUCUACGUUUCAUGUGGUGCUCUGGGUUACGCAGCAUUCGGCAACAAUGCACCAGGCAAUUUCCUAACAGGGUUUGGCUUUUACGAACCGUACUGGCUUAUCGACAUGGCUAAUGUAUUCAUCAUUGUACAUCUUAUAGGAGCUUACCAGGUAUUCUGUCAGCCAAUUUUCAAACAGGUGGAAGACAGGUGCUUCAACCGAUGGCCAAACAGCAGUUUCAUCAAAGAAAGUCCACCAAUUAAGCUUCCAUUGUUUGGGGUUUACAGUUUCAGUGUUUUCAGGGUUGUAUGGCGAACAGGUUACGUGAUACUGACCAUCGUGCUGGCGAUGCUUCUACCGUUCUUCAAUGCAAUCCUCGGCCUCCUGGGUGCCGCUUCGUUUUGGCCGCUGACAGUGUAUUUCCCAAUCCAAAUGCACAUAUCGAGAGAACAGAUCCGAGCCUUUAGUUGGAAAUGGAUAUGGUUAAACUUCUUGGUGUUGCUUUGCCUGAUUGUAUCAGUUCUUGCAGCGGCUGGCUCCAUUGCUACAAUUGUCAAGGAUCUCAGUACAUAUGAACCUUUCAACUCUGUUUCUUAA